UGACGCAAUCGAUACGAACCAGGUGUGUAAUAUUUUGGUAUAUAAAGACGCCGGUAGAUAAUGCAAAUCAUCAGUUCGCUCAUAGAAUUGCAGAAGACAUGAUUGCUAAAGUUAUUGUUUUAUUGGCUGUUUUCGGCAUUAUUGCCGCGCAAAAACCAGCCGUUGGCACUUUUGAUUUACCAAAUGGAAGACCUUCCCAAACUAGACCAGGCAAUGUGGCAGUACCAAUUCCUCAACAAGUUCCUGGACCUGCAAGGAAAACUAGAAGCCCACAAAUAGGAACUUUUGAUUUACCAAAUGGAAAGCCUUCUCCAACUAGGAAAGCCAGAAAUUCUCCACCAGCCCAAGUAGCACAACCUGCAGUUGGAACCUUCGAUUUACCAAAUGGAAAACCAUCGACUAGGCCGGCCGUAGCAAUUCCCGAAAAAGUUUCUGGAGCAAGGAAGACCAGAAAUUCUCCACCAGCACCUCAAACUGGAAAACCAGCAGUUGGACCCGCCGUACAAAUCCCAGAAAAGAUUUCUGGUCCUAGGAAGACCAGAAAUUCCCCACCAGCACCUCACACUGGAACAUUCGAUUUACCCCAUGGAAAACCAGCAGUUGCCCCCGCCGUACAAAUCCCGGAAAAGAUCUCUGGUCCUAGGAAAACUAGAAGUUACACACCAGAGGUAGCUCAACGCACCAGGGAUAUCCCAAAGAGACAACCUUAUUGAAAUGAUUCUCCACGGCUCGAUAAACCUUUGGAAUCCAAAAUCUAACCAAAUUGGCUUCGCAGAUUAAUAUAUUUGAGUUUACUAUGUUUUCUA